AUGGAUUUUCCUCUCCAAUAUAAAACUUUUGAAUACGAGGCGCUUCCAUCGCCGACAUCUAUACGCCUCCUACGGCCAGUCAAACAACUGAAAAGCCCGGAAGCUGCUUCUAUCAAUGGGGUUCCCCUGCUGCAAUUUGUGCUUGAAGCCUCGGAGCGAAAUGAUCGACCUCUCUACGAUGCCUUAUCUUAUACUUGGGGAAACCCGAAAUCUGUCCGGUACGGAUUGCCCGACGAAUACGACACUCAGCAUAAACAUGUUAUAGCUGUCAAUGGCCGCCUAUUAUAUGUCACAAGGAACCUUCACGAGGCCCUUUGUCGACUUCAGGAGCCCCAUAGAUUAUCGGAAGAUAUUGAUAAGCGAUAUAUGCCCUAUAACAAGACGAGGCUCAUGCAAGCUGCUGAGGAAGGAAACUUGACCCUGGUUAUGAGAUACCUUGAGCAGGGCGCCGACCACACAUGCCAAGACAAGUUUGGUGAGACAGCUCUGCAUUACGCAGCUGAGAAUGGGUAUCCAGAGGUUGUGAAGGCCCUUCUUUUCGCAGGAGCACAGCCAACAACCCUGGAUAACACGAAUCGCGACCCUCUAGCCUGUUGUAUUUCACGAAAACGACGCCGGUGGGGUGAGACUUGCGAGAUCCUACGCGAUUGGCUAGCUCAACCUAAGGGAAAAUCUCAUUUGGAAGCGUCUUCAUCUGGGAGAGGAGUACCUCUCUGGAUCGAUGCCAUAUGCAUCAAUCAGGAUGACAUUGCUGAACGGAAUAGCCAAGUUGCAAUGAUGUCGCAGAUCUAUGGGUCGGCGCGAUGUGUUGUGGCAUGGCUUGGAGAAGAAGACGAUACGACUAACGCGGCUUUCAAUUGCUUGUCAAACAUCCCCCAGCCAUCGACUGCUAUUGCGAGAAGUUACCAUAACUCUUAUGCACGGCACUGCGAUCAUGUGAGAGGGAAAGUCCUUGACAUAAAUGAGAGGCCUCACAAUCUCCCUAUGUCAGUUGCCGAGGUACAAGCUGUGAAGAGCUUAUUUACCCGCACCUGGUUCUCACGUACAUGGGUCAUCCAGGAAGCGUCACUUGCCAGAGAGAUCGACAUCAUUUGUGGCUCCUUUCAUUUUGAAUGGUCGAGUAUAUUCACCCUGUUGUUUAUACUUUUUGGCGAGAGCGGAUCGAAUGAUAUACUAAGCGACGGUGGUCCCCCUGCAAAAUUCGGAAAGGCUGGACCAAAUGCACAAAUCUUGACUCUUUUCGCCAUCAGAAGCCGAACUGCCCCCAAUUCCAGAGAAGCAAGAGAAGCAAGAAAGUAUUUUCUUGGAAAAGACAUCGUCGACCCUCCGUGCAGUCAACUGAGCAUACUUGCCUUGUUUCUUCUCACUUGGGACUUCGCUGUGUCUGACGGGAGAGACAAGGUAUUUGCAUUGAUGAAUGUGUCAGAGCCUUCAGAAGGAUUAGCAGCUGACUAUUCGAAGUCAAUCGCUGAAGUGUUCACCGAGAUGGGCAUGACCCUUCUCCGUGCCAAGGGAUACAAUAAAGUUCACGAUUUACAGGGGGAGAUAGUCGACGAUUUGGAACCCCUCGAAUUGCUAUCUUUUGUUCAAAAACCUGGGACUCCUCAAUGGAAGGUAAGUCCAGCGGUUAUGAAAAAUAAGUAUGAACGCCCUGCGGAUCUUCCUUCUUGGGUUCCGGCUUUCAAUGCGCAGCUGGUUUCUAUUCGAAUCUAUCACAAGCUAUACAAUGCUUCAGGAAGUCGUCAAGCGGUCAUCCAUAAUUCUCUGCCAGGGAUACUAAAGGUUGAUGUUUCAAUCGUUGACACAAUUGCUGAGGUAGAAGAAUAUCCGCUAUCAGAAGGCUAUGGACGUAUAAACAACGACUGUACCAUCGAAUCAUGGCUGACGAUAGUAUCGAAGCUCUGUACUACUUAUCCCAGUGGAGAAAGUCGUACCGAAGCACUGUGGAGAACCUUGGCGUCAGAGCAUCACAAAAAGAGCAAGAAGCCAGAAGCAGUCGAAAGCUAUUUGCAGAAUAUCGUACUUCAAUGGAUUGUCAAACACAGACGUCAAGACUCCAUUGAGAGGCAUGAAGACCUAUGCAAGGUUCUCCAAGAAUUAUUCAACACGGAAUCAUCUGAUUCGCCUCCUCCGAUCUCUAAAUUGAUAAGUAGUAACACGGAGUCUGUAGGCAAAGGCUCGGAGAUAGGGGCAGAUGAGCGAUAUUUUAGGUGGGGCUUGAUGCGAUACAUGAGGGGACGAUGUCUGAUGAGAACAGAGCUAGGCUACUUGGCGAUAUCAUCCAAGGAGUCGAGGCCAAAGGAUCAUGUAGUAGUCAUCGCUGGGGGGCGCACACCAUUCAUUCUUCGUCAGAUAACCGCCAACCAAUUUACAUUUGUAGGCGAGGCCUAUGUCCAUGGGAUAAUGUUUGGCGAGUGGUUGAGAAGAGAAGGUUGCAACUUUCAACCCGUCGAGAUCAGAUAG